AUGUCGUCACAUCUUGUGUGGGGAAUUAUUCGCAACAACAAUGCUUUUCUUUUGAAGAAAAGGAACAUUUCCAAACCGUUCAGUACUGAACCCAAUAACCUGACAAACUUGAGCUCCUACAGAUACAAUGGAUUAAUCCACAAAAAAUCCGUGGGAAUUGUCAGUGCGCCCGAUAAGAAAGGUUUUACUGUUGUAUACAAAAAAUCUAGCAAACAGUUCAAACCUAAGCAAAACACCAUCAAAAGAACGAUGAAAUCCGGCCCCAGGAGGUCUUUGCAUAAGUUAAAGAGGCUGAUGAAUGCUAACAAGUACCGCACCGAUCUUACAAAGGUUGCACUUCGAAGAGCUAGUGCUAUACUUCGAUCCCAAAAGCCGAUACCAGCCAAGAAAGCUAAAGCUAAGAAAGAAUAA